AUGCUUCGAUUGGAAGAUGUCAUGUCCGGACCGAGCGCAGGUCGUAGCGAUCUUCAUCUCUCUGCGACCAAUGCGUCUCAGUGCGUGCUCGGUGCGAGGUUUGUUUCUUUUUUUUCUCUACGGAAAGCUUACAUGAAAGUAGAGAGGAAAAAUGUAUCAUUUCCCACAUUAUUCCAUGCGGCCUCUGAACAGAUAAUUUUCUGUUUUUUUUUUCUUUCAUAGAUCGCUUAUUACUUCAUAGACCCUAUUUAAAGUUUUUAAGUAUGGUUGAAUUUCCUCUAUUACUGUAAAAGUUCUCUUUUUUUCAAGAUUUAUCAUAUCAAAAAAAGAUUGAUUGAACGUAUUUUUUCACAUUUUUUGAAUUUACUAACAUGAAAAUUCCGUUUAUAAGUUAUGAAUUUCAGGUAACCGCGUGAGUGUUACUUCCAACAUGACCAGAUACUUGAAGAAUCAAAGAACAUUUUUCUCUUCAAAAAACUAAAUUCCUUAAAGGACUGCUGCGAUAUUGAGCAAUAUAUUUUGCUUCUUUGUGAUUUCUGUAGUUUUUUUUUCAAUAAAUAUUUUUUUCUCAAUGUCUUUUAGAUACUGUUAGGGGUUGGAACCAUGAAACUUUAUAUUUUUCAAGAAAAUGACUGGUUUUGUGUAGUGCAAGGUCGAUAAUUUGGUCAGAGUCCGCGUGCAAAUGUGAAAAACUCGUUUUUUCAAGAAAUGAAAGUUAUUUGGAAGUUUUUUUCCCUUUCCUCUUUUUUUGAAAUUGCGUCGAAUUUUUUUAGUUAAUAUUCUGAGCAGGAAAGAAUUAUUAAUUUAGGAUUGUCUCUAAAAUGGUGUGACGUACCCUAGAGUGACCCCUUAACUCGGUAGUCUGAUAUGCUUAAGAAGUCACUUGAAACGUCCCUUUCUAUAGGCAUUUCCCUUUUGUUUCCAAGCAAAUGGUCUGCGAUGUGACUUUUCGCCUGUCUUAUCAGUAAACAGAGGGCUGAUUAGACGUUUAUCGAUCGAUUUUUCUCGCUCAAAUUUUUAUUUUUUAACAAAGUUAUUUUUCGAGUUAAGGGUAAAAAUGGUGGAGAACACGACUUUGUUCGCCACAGGCGCCGUCGUUGUCGUUUCCAGUGUGGCGAUUUUUCUGUACAUCAGAUCCAAAAACGGAUGUCCCUUCAGCAUCUGCGGCAGCAAACCCAAGGUUUCAACUGGGGAAUAUGAUUAGAAAAAAUAAUUGUGAUUGAAUAGAUAUGCCUAAAAAAUAGAAAGCCAGCGAAAAAAUCUUCGAAUAGAACAUUAUUAGGCUUUUCCUGAUGACUGAAUGGAGGCUUCGAAAAAAAUUUCAAAGAAGAUUUUCCUCAACUUAAAAAAAGAAAAGGAAUUGAAAAACUGAAACUUGUCUGAAAUUUGAAAGUUCAUAUUUGAGAUAGUUUCGAGUAAAAAGUUCAGAGUUUUUAUAUAGGUUUCUUUUAAAAAAAAUCCUCGGAAAAAUCUGGGAAGAUUCUGUUAAAAAGCUCCAAAAAAAUGACGGGGAAAAAAACUUUCGAGCUUCUUUUUUAAACCUUCUCUCAAUCUUCUUGAUUUUUUGGAAUCUUUUUGGAUUUAGAAGUUUUUUUUUAAUGUUUUGCUUUUUCAGAAUUUUUUUGAAGGAUAUGAAAAAAGUGCAAGAGUGAGAAAAAGGGCCUGUUGUGGAAAUUUGGAAGGUCUUUCUUUCUAAAAAUGAAAUUUGAGGGGUUUUUCCCGUUUUGCCCCAGUAGUAGUUUCAUUAGAUUCCAUACUCAACAGAAGAGAAAUAGUUUCUUUUUGUUUUAGAUUCCUGUUAUACCUGAAAAUCUAUAGGAAACGGUAAAAAUUAUGUCAAAAAGAAUGUUCUAUGUCCUUCCUCUGUAAUUUUUUUUUUAAAUUUUUUUUAUGGGAAAAACGAUUUUUGAGAGAAUGAGGGAAAUAUUGCUCAUUUCCAUCUAUUUUUAACGAUUUGAAGAAACAUGAAAAAGAAAUCGAAAGGCGUUCCUGCGUUCCUCGGGAUGACAUGACCGGUCAGGAAUUCGCCGUCGAUGCGGCCCGAUUUUCUCUUGACCGGUCGAACUUUUGCGCUUAACCUAACGUAUAUGUUUUGUCGGUGCUUGUCCUUAUUUCCAUCUUUGAGGGACUGUCAAACUUAUAGAAUUAUAUAGGUGAACCCUUUUUUGAGGACUUUUCAUAAUCUGUUUGAAAAAAUUUUCUUGGACAUAUUUGUAGCCACAAAGAAUAAAUGAUUCCGCUACCGUUUCUUCGACUCUAAACACGCUCAAUUUUCCCAAAUAGUUGUUAUUUGAAAUUUUGUUUGUUCGGAAUCUCAAAUAACGCUUUAUAAUUGCUUCUAAAGCCGAAAAGUUGGAAUAUUUGGUUAGGUCAGCAUUAGUUCGUAUGGAGAAUAUGGGGACAUUGUUUCAGAGCAAAAAUAGUUUCGUUCUCAUUUUUUCUCUGCGUUGAAACUUGAUAUCAUACGGCAAAAUUAGAAUUUUCUCGAAAAAAAAAAACUGGUUUCUGUAAUUCUUUUCAGAUGGUUGGAUAGCAAUCAUUUGUAAAUUUCAACCAGUUUACUUUGAUCUACAACUACGAAGAAAAGAACGGAACCACACAAAAGGAAGACCUCUACUUUUUCACGUCCUUCCUGUUUCAGAAGGCCAAGAAGACGUUGCUGGACGAGAAUGAGAAGUACUCGUUGCCUUUGAGCGAAAAGUUCACAGUGAGCCACGACACGAGGAAGUUCCGGUUCAAGUUGCCCUCGCCGGACCACGUCCUGGGCCUUCCCACCGGUCAACACGUCUACCUCAGCGCCAAGGUUCCUUUUCAACAGAAUUGGGAUUGUAAUGAAAGAAUUUUCAGUGAAAUACGUUUCAAAAAUAAAUAAAAUUAGGAAUUUUCUUUUUCAACUUGAAACAAAAUAUGGAAGCAAAUUUGAGCUCAAUGACAGUCGCAAAAUAAUUAGUACAGUGCCGAAUUCUAAUCCCUUUUUUCCUAGAAUAUUCUGCGCUUUCUUUUUUCAAACAUGUAUGGCUCCAGAUAAUCUCUACUCGAUGUUUUUUAACUUUUAUGCAUUCCUCUAUGAAAAUGAAAAAAAAAUCACGAAAAUGUUUACUCCUUGAAAUCUUAUCUAUGAAAUAUUUAGUUGAAAGUUUGAAAAGACUUCUAGUUAAUCGAGUUUUUCAUUGAAGGUUGAUGGAAAGCUUGUGGUGCGGCCUUACACGCCGGUUUCCAGCGACGAGGACAAGGGAUUCGUCGAGUUGAUGAUCAAGGUCUGCUCCAAAGAAGUUCUUCAUUUUCAUUCAUUAUACGAUUAUAGGUUUAUUUCCGCGACACGAAUCCAAAGUUCCCCGACGGCGGAAAAAUGAGCCAACACUUGGAACAGAUGAAGAUUGGCGACACGGUCAGUUUCUGAUAGCAUAUUGAAGUCGAUAUUUUUUUCGUGAAGAUGUAGUGCCAAAAUCGCUAAAUGCCAGAUUUUGAAGAGUUUUUCAGUUCCCACUCAAGUUAAAUCUUCAAAUAGAAGUUUAAAAUAAUGAGGAUAUUUUUCAGAUUGAUUUUCGUGGUCCAUCCGGCCUCAUCACCUACAAAAGACACGGCACAUUUGAGGUACAUUUUCACUUUCUGCGAAAAGGUUUAGUGGCCACAACAGUAGUCGAAUUAGUGGCCACUCAAGUGGCUAAACUUUAGUGGCCUCUUUAGAGGUCUGUGUGGUUCUUCACUAUAAACUACUUUAGGGGUUACAAGACGCAAAAUUUUGCAUAGAGGUGAUUUUAUUAAACUCCUAAGUGUCCUCUCCAAGUAAUCCUCGAGGAUCCUCUUAAGUGAUCUCUAGAGUUUUCCUAUUUUGGACAUUUUCGUGAAAAAGUACUCCGAGCUCCGAAAGCGCGCUAGAUUGAAAUAGAAUUUUCUAAUUUUCUAAUCGCUCCCUUAUUUUUCCAGCCUUGUAGUUUUCGUUUUUUUUUAUUUCUGUUAAUGAGGACCCGACUAUAAGAAAAAUCCAAAAGUUGUUGGAAACCCUUCAAAAAUUUUUGUUUCUUUCUUUCCGAGCAUCACUUUUCUGGGGUUCAUUUUUUCUAUGAUUUCUCGUCUUUUUUCCAAAAUUUACAAGCUCUCCCUUUUUUGAAUAAGUCAUCUUCAUGGAAAAUAUGUAAAUUUCAAGGUUCGCGCCGACAAGAAGUCGCCACCGAAGGAGAAGACGUUCUCAAGAAUCUCGAUGAUUGCCGGAGGCACCGGAAUCACGCCCAUGCUCCAGGUUCAACUUUUUCUCCCGGUUUUCUGUUUUUUGAAUAAUAUGGUUAUUGCCAUUCGAAAUAAUUGAAAACUGUAAGAAAAAAUUCAAAUCAUGAAGGGUUCCGAAGAGAACCGGAUCACUACAAAAAAAGUAAAAAUUAAUUUUUUUAAAAAGUAUUCUCGUUCGCUUUUCAAAUUUAAAAAAAUGACUCGUAUUCAUUUUUUUCAUUUUUUUUCAUAGGUAUAUCUCUUUUUUUCAUCUUCGUUAUGAUUUGUAUAGGAUCAUGCUCAAAACUGAUCAAGUCGUUAUUUUGACAAUCCAAGAUUUCUCUAUCUUAGAUCAUCGAAGCGAUUCUGAGAGAUGAGACGGACAAAACGCAAAUGAAACUGCUUUUCGCCAACCAGACGGCUGAGGACAUUUUGUUGAGGUAUCCAGAAAUCUCCUGAUUUAUAAUUUAAAAAUUGACGUUGGAGUACGAUAUAAUCCAAAUAAAGUAGAAUGAAAAACAUCAGGAAUAAUUGAGUAGAAACAAAGAUUUUCCAACGGAUUCCUAAGACAGAAAGCUAUAAAUAAUCCUUAUAGAUCAUUUCUUUUUUUUUCCCUUUGUUUUUUUCAUUAAAAGUUUGACAUUUAAAAAAAUAUACUGUAAAAAAUUUUUUUCUGGAUACUUUCGAGCAUGUUCGAAAUAAUUCAAAACAUUUGACUCUUUUCUAGAAAUUGAGAAAAAUUCAGGGAUAUUUACUUUUUCAGAGAAGAGCUCGAUGCAUUGGCCGUGAAGUUCGCGGAUCGGUUCAACGUUUGGUACACGGUUGACAGGCCGACGGACGACUGGAAGUAUUCUUCCGGUUUCAUCAACGACGAGAUGAUCCAGGUGAUUUUUUUCUCAGUACGAGUCCCCUGAUUUCAUAUGACGGAUGGUAAUUCCUGUUCUUUUUUUUUUCGAUUUUCUGCAAAUUUUUAAAAGCUUUAACAUAAGCUAAAAACAUAUGGAGCUGCGGAAAAAAGUUUCUGGAAAGAAAGUUCUUUUUGUUCAAGAAAAAGCUAGGAUUUUGAUGAAAAAAAUCUAUUUCAAUAAAAAAACAACGCUGGAAAAAAAGCAUUUGCCCAUUUUAGGAUUAAACUUUUGUAAAGACUUUUUCCUUGGAAAAAAAAAACGAAUUUGAAAGCUUUUGAAUUUUUCUCAUGCCAAAAAUUACUCAGUAGGAAACUCAACAUAACUCUUUCCAGAAGCACCUGUACCCGCCAGCAUCAGACCACGUCGUCCUUCUGUGCGGACCGCCGCCGAUGAUCAACUUCGCCUGCACGCCAAACCUCGACAAACUCGCCUACGAUCCUGCCAACCGCCUUCAUUUCUAA